AUGCCAUCGCAAUCUCUACUCGUGAAGAUGAAACUCCCAGCUUCUUCGCUGCGUUCUCGGACCUCUCGCAAUCCCACUCGCAGCGCAGGCACCUCAGCACAGGAAACAACAACAACUCCCGCACAACUCCUCCUAUCGCACUUCACGCAAAGCCAACUAUCCCUCGCACUUUCAAUCGCCAAAUCCAAGACAGAAGGGCUUUCCACGGCCCCUAACAUGGCCAUGGCGACGGGUGUAGACUACAUACAGCAGCUGAAAAAGCAUGUCAAGACCGGGCAGCCUGUCCCCAGAGAGCAGCUGCGAUACGUCGAUGCGGCAGAGUUCUGGAAAGACCAGUACGACGCAAUAUACAGAGAGAAGAAGGGGCUUCAAGACAAAGUGCAAUGCUUGGAAGAGGCAAACAGGCUGCUGAGGGAGAAGCUGCGACGGCUGGAGAGUUCCAGCGAGGAAGACCGUGAUACUGUCGAAAGCUCAUCUUCGGUGGCAGAAGGGCUUCAUGGAGUAGAACGGAGCGAUGCCGGGAUAUCGAGAAAGCGCGCUGCGCCGUUUCAAGACGUUGAGGCUCGUCACGGCCAAGAAGACCAAUUUCUUUCGCUCAUUGAGAGUGACGACAGGCUCCGACUGAGUGGCUACGCUUUGCGAAUCCUGCGCCAGCGCGGUCAACUACUUGCGGCGACGCAAGAAUGCAGCACCUUAGACGAGAUCAACACUUUGACGAGGCAGAUUCUGCGGACAGCCAGCCUCCUCGAAGAAUCUCUGUCAGAUUGCUGUCUGCCACUGAAGAGCCUGCGAUUUGAUAGCCGUGGCUCGCAGACCUCCUUCUUGCUUCGGCAAGUUUUUCAUCAGAUCAACCUGUCUUUCAUCUUCUGCUUCAAUGCCGUGAACGAGCUCUUUCUCACGAUCCCAGGACGAAGCAAGAAGCCCGAGGUCAUUUACGGUAUAGUGAUGCUUUUCAAGAAGGCCCUCGACUUUCUGCACGCAAUAAGCAGCUUGCAAGCACAAGAUGAAGUGACACAGCGGAGUCAGAAUAUGGGAAGCAAAAGAGCCAAGAUCGAGACAACGGAAUACGCUGUCAACAAGCAUUUGGCACAAAUGCUUGUAUCGAUGGUCCAAGGCGUCGAUUGGAAACCCAAUCAAACUGGACAUGCUGAGAUCCUUGAAGGCAUAGUCUUCUCGAUUUUGGAGCACACAGGACGGCUAGUGUCGGAUUCGGUAUUUGGCGAGCAUGUGGCAACGUCAGAUAACCCAGGGAACAUAACGAAAUGCCCCAGGUUGCCCGCGCAUGGAGUGCUGAGGCCGGAGUCUCGGUACAUGGUCCAAGUUCUCUAUGGAGUGCUUGGUGGGCCGGGUAGGAUUGAGCUGGUGUCCCGUAUGCUGUCGCCAGGACAGACCCAGUCUUGCGGUAUCGGCAUUGGAUCAGCAUCAUCGGAAGUUAUGCUGAGCAAAUCGAAGAAGCUUUUACAAAGUACCUUGCUGAAGAGUAUAUUGGGUGGGGCCAAGCUCGAGAGUCUCAGUUUACCGAGACUUCCACCAGGGAGCUUUGACUUGACUGUAGAGCCAGCUGGGGUCGAGAAUGGCGGGAAGGAGUGGUUGCUGGAAACUGUUUGGGGGUUGGUGGGAUGGGAUAUGGUGACAUGA